AGGGAUGGCCAGAGAUCCGACAACUCUUCCCUCUCACUCCGGACUCCACGAACCGAGCUGAGGAUUUUUAUCUUCGUGCGUAAAAGCGCGGAUGGCACAGAUGGCGCAGUCGUAGUCGGUGAUGACACUGGACAUUUGUAGCUCCCUGGAUACAAUCUGAGCCGGGUGACCAAACAGUUUGGUGCAUGUAAACACGCACAGAGCCUCCGUCGUGGAUCGCUGAGGGACUUUAAUUUACGCGGAUUUAUUUAUUUGGUGUCUCUGCGUUUCUUGGGCCAGACUGUUUGCAGGAGGAAGAGGAGGUGGAGGAGGUGGAAGAGGAGGGUUACAUGCUGCCAAGUCUCGUCUCAUGAUGGGACCAUAGAGGAUGAGCCACAGAAGCAGCCCGGCCAGAGCGUACGACUUUCUCCUCAAGUUCCUGCUGGUGGGAGACAGUGAUGUGGGGAAGGGAGAGAUCCUGGCGAGCCUGCAGGACGGAGCCAGCGAGUCUCCGUACGGAUACAACAUGGGAAUCGACUACAAGACGACGACCAUCCUCCUGGACGGGAGAAGAGUGAAGCUGCAGCUCUGGGACACGUCUGGUCAGGGACGAUUCUGCACCAUUUUCAGGUCUUAUUCCAGAGGAGCACAGGGAGUUAUUCUCGUGUAUGACAUCACCAACCGCUGGUCGUUUGACGGCAUCGACAGAUGGAUUAAAGAGAUAGACGAGCAUGCCCCGGGGGUGCCCAAGAUCCUGGUCGGGAACCGCCUCCACCUGGCCUACAAGCGCCAGGUGACCACGGAGCAGGCGCAGGUGUACGCGGAGAAGCUGGGCGUCACCUUCUUCGAGGUCAGCCCGCUGUGCAACUUCAACGUUACAGAGUCGUUCACGGAGCUCGCUCGCAUCGUCCUGAUGAGACACGGCAUGGAGCGACUGUGGAGGCCCAACAAAGUGUUGAGUCUUCAGGAUCUCUGCUGCCGCUCCAUCGUCUCCUGCACUCCGGUCCACCUGGUGGAUAAACUGCCCCUCCCGCUGGCUCUCAAGUCCCACCUCAAGUCCUUCUCCAUGGCCAACGGCCUCAACGCCCGCAUGAUGCAUGGACGCUCCUACUCCGUCACCGCCAACGCCUCCGCCCACCACGGCGCCACCAAGAGGACCGGAGGGACGCUGCUGAAAAAGCCCAAACUGAUCCGGCCGCCACCCCGCUCAGCCCGUCUGCACAGAGCUGCAGAAACAGCUGCAAAAUAUCCUAACGGCUGGACCGGGUUUCAGUACCGGUCUCCAGGAUGACGCAACAACACGUCAGUCUGGAGCAGCUUGUUCGUGACGCUUCUCACAGUUUGCUUUGAGCAGUUUUGUGAAACAUAAUGAAGAAAAACAUAAAAAUGAAACUCCAGCAUUGAUCCCUGCAGGCGGAGCUCUGAUCCUCUCAGACCGAUCGGAUGAUAGAUGAUUAAAUAACUGCAGGUCGUCUUUUAUCCUCCUUAACGGCAAGUUUUUGUGUUCACAGUCGAGCAGCUUCUUCCUCAGGAUGUUUUCUACAUGGACGAGAACACGGUCACAUAUAUUUGUACAUAGACGCACUUUGGAAACUGUAUUUUUGCACAACAUGAACACACUUAAAUCUGAGUGUCUGAGAUGAAACAAACACCUUCAUCCUCCUCGUCUUCUUCUACUAGAACCUUCAGAUGAAACCCGGCUCUUCAGACACACUAACAGCUGCACUCUUGUGUACAAUAUUUGUACGUAUUGUAAAUAUCAGUGUUUGAUACGAUGCUAAUAGAUAACCUGCAGGGGUUUGUAUCUGUUUUCAAUGUAAAGUGACGUUAUACAUUUUUUUUGCUGAGUCCUGAGUGACACCUGCACCAAAGCCAGAGGAAGGCACUCAACAGAAAGGUGUGUUUGCACUGUUCAUCGAUGUUUAAUAAGAUGCACCUUUACAAUAAAAUGUACCC